GUUGACAAGCCUGGAGUGUUGAUUUUGUCGCCAUUCGCUGGGGCGGGAGAGACCAUGCACGAGGCACUUGUGGUGAAUCCCUACGAAAUCAGCGAAGUGGCGGAAGUGAUCCACCGGGCCCUGACGAUGCCGGAGGACGAACGGGAACUGCGGAUGUAUCAUUUGCGACGUCGCGAGAGACAGAUGGACAUUUCCCACUGGCUGAAUGCGUUCCUGGCUGACAUGGGGGCCCUGAUUGCCGAGGAUGGCAUCCCUGCACCCAAUGCACCACCAGCCACAAAUGGCUCGAGCACUCAGAUUGAGCCGAUGUCGGUGGAGGACUUCGACGAGUUCCUUGCAAGCUACAUCGACGAGAGCAGCAAAUUGGCACUCUUGUUGGAUUACGAUGGAACCCUGGCACCAAUUGCCCCGAAGCCGCAUCUGGCGUUCCUUCCGAAGGAAACGAAAAAGGUUUUAUUGCGAUUGUCCAAUAUCGCGGAUGUGCAUAUCGCCAUCAUCUCGGGGAGAAGCCUGCAGGACGUGAAAGAAAUGGUGGGCAUUGACGGGUUGACCUACGCCGGGAACCACGGGCUGGAGAUCCUGCAUCCGGACGGCACCAAGUUCGUGCAUCCCGUGCCCCAGGGCCACGAGGAAAACCUUUCUCAAAUCAAGCAAGAACUGCAAGAGUCCUGCUGCAGGGACGGGGCUUGGAUUGAGCCCAAGGGCGCCUUGCUCACUUUCCACUACAGGGGUGCUCCCGCCAAUUGUCAUUCCAAGCUGAAGACGGACGCCACGAAAAUCAUCACCAAGCAUGGGUUCACGGCGUCCCCGGCGCAUUGUGCCAUCGAAGCCCGACCGCCGGUCCAGUGGGACAAGGGCAGGGCGUCCAUCCACAUCCUGCGCACCAUGUACGGCGUGGACUGGUGCGAGCGGGUGCGAGUCAUCUACUGCGGGGACGACCACACGGACGAGGACGCCAUGCGGGCGCUCAAGGGCAUCGCGACGACGUUCCGAGUCACGACGUCGCACGCGGUCCGCACGGCCGCCACCAGGCGCCUGUCCAGCACAGACAGCGUCCUCACGCUCCUGCGCUGGGUCGAGCGCCACAUGCAGGGACGCCCCAUGAAGUUGCCACCAAGAUCCCCGUCUCCAGCCAGGUCCAUCAUAGAUGGUAACAUCUUCAUCCCGGUGACAACGUUGCCACCCCCGGUGGAGGUGCACAUGGAGGACGCCCUGGACGGGGACGCCGGCCGCCGCCGCCGGAUUUCCGCUACCAAGUCUCCCAUGAACACUGCCACUGCGAAUGGCGCCGGAAUCGGAAAACUACACUAGAUACUGUACACAAAUUGCAGUAAUCACCCAUGUUUAUCAGAGGGGGUUUCGUUUGUUUGUUUCGUUUUGUUUUGUUGCCACCUGUAGAAUGAAUGAAUGUAUGAAAGAAUGGGCGAGGUCACGAGGACGAGAGUUAGUUUUUAGUAUAGCGCAGUUCGUUUUUAUGCCGGACAAAUCAUGACCAGUGUAAUGACCCGAUUUUUUUGCAAGAGAAACAGAACCAAACAAUUUUGUUUUUAAUAUUGAAUUUUCAAGAAAGAAAAAAACGUCGAAUUUCCUUAUGACGCGAUCGCUGUUUAAUUGCAGGAAUCCUAAGAGGAAAAAAAAAUGUGUCAAUUGUAUCAUCACGAGGAUGAUGAAUUAGCGAGAGCGUUUUUCGAAAGCAAUUUUUUGUGACUCUUUGUUGAAGUGAUCUGGAGAUGGAAUUUGUCGAAUUUAGAAAUAGUUCGCGUGUUCAAUGGAAUAAUCUGCCCCUCACCCCCCUCGUGUUAGAAAAAAAGUGUUGGAUUUUUGAGAGACACCGCGAAUUUUCGAGUAGAAGGUUGGAUCCAAUAUGUUCACGGGUGUCCCCACGUUUUUAUCCGGGUAAUUGGAGACGACGCACUUUUUUCAGUAUCAUUAGAUGUCGCUGGCAGUCUAAAAUGGGAUUUUGAGUUCGAAAAAUUUCUUCUGAGCAUUUAUCUCUGAAUUUUAUUUCAACGAAUGCAUCAUCGGGAAUGGAUUUAGAUGGAAACGUUAAUCCAUUUUCGUUUGUGCGUAAUUUUUUGAGUUGUGAAACUAAUUCACAGAUGUUGAAAAAAAAUUUUCUCCAUGCAACCGUGGUUACAGUACGAGUUUUGGAAGUGCGAUCAUGUCCUGAACCACUAGUGCUGGAAUCUCUGGAAAAUUCACAGGAAAAAAAGCUACGAAAUCUGAGUCGUUUAGUGUUCAAAGAAAGAAACAAAGUGCGAGUCAGAAAGGAAAAAAAUAUUUGGGACAAUGAGGAUAUCCUGUUAGAUUUUUGUUAGGGGGAUGUGACCCGUCCUAAGUAUGCAACUUUUUUUGGCGACAGAGACAAAAAAAAAAUUAAGUGAUGUGUGCGGAAAAAGCAAAAAGGAACCAUGGAGAAGCUUUGUUUUAUGUAUGUAUUGAGGAAAUGAUGUUUCAUGAUGUGUGUGUAUUUUUCUUACAAAGGAAAAAUGU